UCUCGUUGUACAUAAAUGUUCAUGUUCAUCAAGUACCAAGAAGGGCCUCAAAGAAAUUCAAGUUAAGUCGGAAUAAAACUAAGAGUGUAAACCAAGGGAAAGAUUAGCGAACGAAGACAAGUUUUUAUUAAUAAUUCAUAAAGAAUAGCUUUGUCAAAGGGAGAACGUUUCCUAGGAAUUAUAUAUCACAAAGAAUUUUGACUCUGUCGUAAAAGGUUGCACUUCAAAAUCCACGUUUUGAAGAACUUGAAGUCUUUGUACUUGCGAAUAAAAAGAAUUGCUUAUAGGAUUCCCUGGUUAAGUUAAGGAAGGAUACACUUGUAUCGAACGAUUUUAGAAGCAGCCUAAAAUGUCAUACAAUGGAAUUGGAUUGCAAACUCCCCGUGGGUCUGGGACAAAUGGCUAUGUGAUGCGUAAUUUAUCCCACGUAAAGCGAUAUAAUGAUACUGGAACCAAAAAGAUGCACGAAUUUGAUGAAAAAUCGUUAACGAAACGAAAAAUCAAUCCAGAAAUUAGUAAACAUGAGCGUCGGCGGCAAAUUGAAUCGAAGGUGUUGUUGUUUCGAGAAGAGUUGCUAGCACAUACGGAGUCCCAACAAGCUCGGUAUCCGGAGGAAGAGGUAAGAGAGAGAGAAAAGACAGAAGAAGAGGAAGAGGGAGAAAAGAGGGAAGAAACGAUCGAGCCAUUAGUACAAGAAUAUCGUGAAAAAUUAUGGAAAGAAGCUGAACAAGAGGACCGGUAUCAUGAGAAAAACAACUUCGAGUCUCUGAUGCACGAUGAGGAUAAGCCUUCAGGUUCACGUAGCCGAGAUGAUUAUUUUGGAAACGAAAGGAAGAAUCAAACUUAUACGGGUAGACUAGAAAGUAGAAGAGAUAUUAGUCCUAUGUCUACAGGAAGAUCUCACAAUCGAAGACAUAGAGAUUCGUACUAUCGUGGAAGAGACCGAUACUCGGAAGACGUGGAAAGGGACUAUGAACAUGAACGAAAUCCUCGUUAUUCAGAGCGCUCAAGAAGGAAGGAAUAUGAUAGCUACUCGUCGUAUCGGCCUCGUCGCCAUGCUCAUUCACGUUCCAUUUCUCGAUCUCCUUCACCAAAAAGCCGAUCAGACACAAGAGAUGAAAGAUAUUAUCGCUCUCGUCGCCAUGCUCAUUCACGUUCCAUUUCUCGAUCUCCUUCACCAAAAAGCCGAUCAUACACAAGAGAUGAAAGAUAUUAUCGUUCUCGUCGUCCUUCAUUUCAUGACCGAGAAAGAUCACCUCCCGAGCGAGGAGAGGUUCAAGAGUCUGACUCUCCUAUUGAAUAGAGUAUAUAAAAAAAGUCAUUAUAUAAGAUUAUUACUUUUCUAGUCCUUGUUCAUCAUGUUUGAUAAGUACUGAAGUAAUUUCUAUAUUGUUAAGGAUUCCCUUUGUUGUAAAUCUUUCUGUAGUGCGCAG